AUGGUCCAGUCACCGGAGAUUAUGGAGUCCAAGGGCGGAUUUUUCGCCAGCAUAGGCAGCCCCAGUUCCACCUUUGACGUUGAGGACGGGACUCAUCAUCACAACCAACGCACUCCCAUUAAGCGCUUCGAUCAUCGUGAAGCACGAAAGACCCUCAUGCUAAACGCUGCGUUGAGGCUACUCGGAACAUUGUUCUUCAGCGCAUUGAUGUGCGUCACACUGAGAGCGUGGGAAGGAUUUCGCCAGCCCGUUGCGCUUUCCAGGAUGGAUGUUAAGAUCUUCAAUUCGCUUACAAUCGCUCUUUCACUAUGUCUGGGUCUGAACUUACUGGCCUCUUUAAAGCACUACGCAUCGGUGAUCCGAUGGUCUUUCCUUACGAAGCGAUACAUCAGCCUGGAGGUAUUCGAUCUCAUUCUACACCUUGAAUCGCUGGCUAGUGUUACUAAGCUUAUGAUCAUAUCCUGGCCUGGAAUACGAGGCAAGAAAUGGCUGCGCAAGUUCCGGUGGUUCAAAGACAUCAGAGCAGAUGGGACGAAGUGGAUGUGGCUUGCGUGUCUAGUAUGGCUUGCUAUCAACCUCGGAUCUCAGGUUCUGGUCGCAUUACUGAGUUUGUUCUGGCCAAUGGUGACUUCGGAACUCCCCCUUCUGGCCAAUGGAAACGUAACAGUAGCCGACUUGAACGCCUGGUACAUUGACACCAAUCCAGUUAUCAACAACGCCGACGAAGAGCCUCGACUGAUGAAUGACACAACUCUAAUGGCGGCCUGGUCGUUUGGCAUGGAGGCCGCAAGCUACCCCAACUACACUCUUGGGGAAAUAGAACAUGCCGAAUCUGAUCUAUCCGUUUUGGCAGCUGCACCAAUUUACAAAGGCGAUGGCGCCUGGUACUACCGCUUUCUCAACCGCUGGCCGACACGCCCCAGCUCCCGCAAUGUCACUGUGAAGGCAACAUGCAACCACCUCGAGCUACUGAACGACACUGUCUAUGAUGGAAACGACAACAUUUAUUACCUCUUGGCAAGAGAGCGUGGAACGGAGGACUAUCUCCCGUACUACAUGCCCGAAAACGUCAGGGGUGAAACCAUUUGGGUUGGAUCCGUGGAAGCACACUGCGGCCCAAGAUGCACAAACUUCACCGUCGUGCAGCAACCAUUCGGCAACAUACGCAGCACGUCCCUGUUCGUCUGCAACAACACCCUCGGAGAAGUGACCCGUGCCGACAGCACAGACAUAAAACCAUACACAGACGCCGACAGGGCAGCCCUAUACGGUAGCGACGAGUUUGCCCGUAUAGCCGCUGGUACAAUCGCCUGGACGGGUAUUCCUUGGGACCUCUUAGACCGACAGACUAGAUACUACGGUCAAGGUUCCAAAUGGUCGCCCGAUCACGAUGUGACGGAACAAGAAGUCGAAGAAAUGCUGAUGCGUUUCACAAUCGGCGCUGUAGCCGCCUUUGACAACCACGGCAUCCGAUAUAAUCUCACAGAUCAAAUUGUUCCUCUGCCAGGCCAGCAACUCGACGUAGACUGGUCCUACAUCUUCAGCAUCCUAGGCGGGAUCUGCUUCAUCCAAUUCCUCGCUCUCUGCACGCUGGGUCUCUUCGCCAACCGCACGAUUGUCCGCGACGAGAGUUUCUUUAGUAUGGCCAUGCUCUUGAAACCUGUUGUGAGUCGUAUUGGAGGUGAUACAGCGAUGGUCAUGAGUGGGGAUGAGAUCAAGGAGGCGAGGGCGCUACGGUUUAAGAAGAUCCAGUAUAAUUAUCAUGAGGGGGAGAAGGGGGAGCCGAACAAGGUUGCUAUAUUCUUCGAGGGUGAGGAUCGCAGGGAGAGUAGGAAGAGUUGGGCUGCGGGAAGUUAUAGUUAG